UUGGUCUUCAAAAGCCAAAAGCCAAAGCCACCGAAAAUGACUCUUUCUCUCUUUCUCUCUGCUUCCAAACUCGCUUAACUCUUCUUCUUCUUCUUCUUCUUCUUCCUUUAUCUCUUCCUCUUAGCCGUUAAGUUUCAGUUUUCCAUUCCCACAAUUUCAAUCUUCUUUCCUUAAACAAUUACUAUUACUAUUUAUACUGUUUCAAAUAUUCAAUUCAAAACCCUAGAAACUCAACCAACCCACCCCAUUGACCUUAAUUCUCCCCAAAACUCUGUCGCCUUGGUCUUCACGUUUUCCCACCCGUUUACCAAAUUCCCUCUAUUUCUUCUAACACACUGCAAUGUUUCUCCAUUGCCCCUUAUGAUGGAUUCUCCCUCUUUCUCUUCCUCCUCCUCCUCUGAAUUUGCUUCCAUAGCCACCGCUGAUCAGAAUGCUGCCAGAAGUAGGAGAAGCGGUGAUGGCAGUGAAGCUGCCAGUUUAGAACAAUCACGGAGGCGGUGGCAUGAUGUUUUCUGGUUAGGAGUAUUUGUGGUUCAUUUGGUUGCCCUUGGUUUCCUUCUGGGGGUUCUUGGCCUCAAUAGGUUCAAGGAAGAGAAUAGACUUAACAUUGACAAGUAUACCUCCCGGUUUUCGGAGAAUGAAGCUGGGUUGACAGAGACUUAUUGGCCGCUUUAUGCUGCUGCUGGUGGAGUUGGGACAGUUCUUGGAUGGAGUUGGUUGUUGUUGUUGGGCUCAAGGGCCACUCAGAUGAUGAAGGUGUCCGUUCACAUCCUCACCACUUAUCUUGCUGUGGUUAGUGUUCUGUGUUUCUGGGCUGGCCAGAUUUUUUGGGGAAUCGCCUUUGCUAUUGGGGCUGCCCUGCAGUUCUUGUAUGUCUUAGCAGUCAUAGACAGACUUCCAUUCACAAUGUUGGUUCUGCAAAAAGCUGUGAAGAUGGUAUGGAAUCUUCCUGAGGUUAUGAGAGUGGCAUACUUAUUUAUGGUGGUUGUGCUUUUAUGGAUGGCCUUAUGGUCAUUUGGAGCAGCUGGUGUUGUGGCUUCAAGUAUUGGUGAUGGUGGACGCUGGUGGCUUCUUGUGGUUUUCUCUGUAAGCUUAUUUUGGACGGGCGCAGUGCUCUGUAAUACUGUACAUGUUAUAGUGUCUGGGAUGGUAUUUCUUGUUCUUUUCCAUGGUGGUAGAGAGGCGGCAUCAAUUCCCGAUGAUUCCUUAAUGAAAUCUCUACAGUAUGCUUUAACAACAUCUUUUGGCAGUAUCUGCUAUGGCUCACUAUUUACUGCUGCUAUUAGGACCUUGCGGUGGAAGAUUCGUGGGUUUCGUUCAAAGAUUGGCAACAAUGAGUGUCUGCUGUGCUGUGUCGAUUUCCUUUUCCAUCUUGUGGAGACUCUUGUCCGAUUUUUCAACAAGUAUGCUUAUGUUCAGAUUGCUGUGCAUGGUAAAAGCUUUAACCGUUCGGCUAGAGAUGCAUGGGAGCUGUUCCAAUCAACUGGGGUCGAAGCACUUGUGGCCUAUGAUUGCUCAGGUGCUGUCCUGCUAAUGGGCACCGUUUUCGGCGGGCUCAUAACCGGAACUUGCUCUGGUGUUUGGGCUUGGUUCAAAUGGCAGGACCGAGUUAUGAUGAUUGGGUCCACGUCCAUGCUAAUGGGAAUGGUAUUGGUUGGAUUGGCAAUGGUUGUGGUGGAAAGUGCUGUUACAUCGAUAUAUAUAUGCUAUGCAGAAGACCCCUUAUUGAUACAAAGAUGGGACACUGAAUUUUUCAACCAGUUAUCGGAGACACUGCAUCUGAGGCUUCAACAUAGAAGUGCUCGAGCUAGGGAAGUUUUAACCCGCUAUCGUCUCGAUGGAAAUGCUUCCAUUUGACCAAACACCACAUUCUCUUAUAUAUACAUACAUAUUCAUACAUGCAUAUAUACUUCCAACAGUUUUCUUAUUUUAAUUCAUAUAUAGUGAUUUCA